UUCGCCCUCCUCCCCUCCUCCUCCUCCUCCUCCUCCUCCUCCUCCUCCUCUUCUUCUUCCCCCGCUUCCCGCUCCCGCCCUCCCAUGUGGUGCCUCUGCACCGGCGGCGCUUCGGGUGUACACAGAUCCUGGAUUUUAACUGAGUAACCUGUAUCCUGCUGACCAAGAAACCAGAUUUAAAUUCUUCUUUUUAGUAGUGUUUUUUUUUUCUUCCUCAUUGGAAGAGCUCAGCAGUGGCUCCCUGUUCACUUCAAUGACAGUGUGCUGCUAAUGGGUGUAAGUAAAUUAGAUGUCUUGUACCGAAAGCUUCUCCUCACUAAACUUUUCAUCAGAGGAUGGGGAAAGCCAGAGGAUCUGAAAAGAAUAUUUGAAUUCAGAAAGAUUAUUGGAAACAGGGAAAAAUGCCAGAAGCUGGUUUCAAAAGAUUACCCAGUGUUCAUUGACAAGGUUGAGGCACAAUCAGACUGUAAAAUCCUUGAGGGGCACUUCAUUUCCCCCUUGGCUCAUUGUGUCCCAGGUAUCCUGCCAGUCGAAUCUCUUGUAGCAAGAUUUCAGUUCAUCAUACCCAGAAGAUGGAAUGGCAAGCACAGACCUGUGUGCAUUCAUUUAGCAGGCACUGGAGACCAUCACUUCUGGAGGAGACGCACAUUAAUGGCACGGCCAAUGAUUAAAGAAGCCUGUAUGGCUUCCCUGUUGCUAGAAAAUCCUUACUAUGGCUGUAGAAAACCUAAGGAUCAAUUACGGUCAUGUUUAAAAAAUGUCUCGGACCUGUUUGUGAUGGGAGGAGCUCUAAUUCUAGAAUCGGCAGCUCUUUUGCACUGGCUAGAGAGAGAAGGCUAUGGACCGCUAGGGAUGACUGGAAUAUCCAUGGGAGGACAUAUGGCUUCACUGGCAGUGACAAACUGGCCUAAACCAUUGCCAUUGAUUCCAUGUCUUUCCUGGUCAACAGCCUCUGCAGUCUUCACUACGGGUGUGCUGAGUAAGGCAGUGAACUGGAGAGAGCUGGAGAAACAGUAUUUUACACAAACUGUGUAUGAAGAAGAAAUCAUUCAAAUGCUUGAAUAUUGUGGAACGGAUUCUUUCAAGAUGGGACAAGACUUUGUGAAGAACUUCCCUGACAGUGUGGACAGUCUGGCGGACAUGGACAUGGCUUCCCGAAUAUUCAGCUUUGAGUCCUUGAAUGACACUGUAUCUAAGGAAUCAGUUCACAGCUUUGCCACAAAUAGAAGUGCUCUAAGUGCCUCUUCAGAAAGACUCUUAAUGCAAGAUGCUCCUAAAAUGCAGUGCAUAAAUCAAACCUUUUCCACCAGUAGCACUAGCAAUAAAAACUUAAGCAGCCCACAAGGACACAGGAUAAAUACAAGAAAAAGGAGUGAUACUUUGCAAAGAGAAUCCUUAAUGUUCAUGAAGGGAGUUAUGGAUGAAUGUACCCAUGUAGCUAACUUCCCAGUUCCAGUUGACCCAAGUUUAAUCAUAGUAGUACAAGCCAAGGAGGAUGCGUACAUUCCUCGCACCGGCGUGCGCAGCCUCCAGGAGAUCUGGCCAGGGUGUGAAAUCAGGUAUCUGGAUGGAGGUCAUGUCAGUGCCUACCUCUUUAAACAAGGACUCUUCAGACAAGCAAUUUAUGAUGCGUUUGACCGCUUCCUCCAGAAAUACACCAUGUGAUCUUUCUAAUGCAUUCAGACUGAUCUCAUUUGUAAUUCAGCUUACUGGAACUCAUGUUUGGAAAAUAAGCAUCUUGUAGUGUUAAGCAGAUGGUCACUGACUGCUGUAGGUAACAAUUACCAGAAGUGGUAAAGUACCAGCAUUGCUUUCAUUUCAACCCAGUGCCAUUCUGACACAGCUGCUUCAGCGUUACCUGUGAAAAAACAACAGCAGCUUUUGUCAGUGCAUGAAUGGUUCAUGUACUUCAUGUCUAAUCAGAUGGUAUGUUCCUUCAGUUCUGAAUAAAUUCUGAAUCGCAUGUCAGUAGAAAACAGACCAAUCAAGUAUUGGAAGAAUGUAAAAUGUGCUAUGGAGCUAAGCUGCUCUCUUGUGUUUGGUGUAGUUUUGGCUUGUUCCAGAUACCUCGGUUACCUCUUGCUUCCUCAUGGCCUUGCUGUUCCUAUUGUGUUGUACCGUGGCUUUGCCAGCACUCAGCCUCUUGUGUUUGUCACUGCUUCUCUCUUCAAUUAUGAAUUGAAAAUGAGCCUUAGCAGAAGGCUCAGCACCACAUCUUGGAAAGAGAGACUUCGACAAUGCAAGGGAAAUGAGAGAGAGAUGUUUUCAUUCAAUACGUCUGUGAAAUUUUCCUGCCACUGAAUUAAACCAUGCCAUUACAAAAGGAUCAUGUAGCGAUUCAUCAACCAGGUUUAGAAAGCUGGAAUAAGUGAAAAUCAAGUGUCUGGUAAUUAAUUGUUUACAUUAAUUCAGUUGGAUAACAUAAGUUUCCAGAUUUAUUUUCUUUUUUUGGAUCGAUAGAUGAAAUAGAAAUAUCAUUUUACUUUCUAAGCACUGGCUGAUUCUAAGCUGUUAAAUUGACAGCAGAUUAUAUGGUGCUAUAAAGACCUGUUGGAAAUACUUCAACAGAUGUCCUUUCUAAAGUGCACUCAGCGCUGAUUUGCAAAAUAUACUUGCACUGCAUAAUUUAAAAGAUACAUGAGACUAAAGGUUAUUGAAACAGGUUUGCUCCUUAUUUUUCAACACUUGUCUUUUUUAAUUGGUUGGAAAAUAAAGAAACUUGGAUUUUGAACACAUUUAAGAAAAUCCAAAGUCUAUUGUUUCCUCUUUUGGGAUCAAAAAUGCCAACAAAUUACAGCAGAAUAAAAGGUUGUCAUGUACCAACUGUGUGGGUAUCUCUCCACUUUUUUUUUUAUAUAUUCUCUUGGAUUUUAGUUAGGUAGACAGGACUAGUAACUGUGAAGAAAUCAUUGUUCAUUUGAAAAUCCGGUGUGUUCAGAUAAAACUGAAGAGCAACAAUUUUGAAUAACCCAAAUUACAUAACAUGCAAAUUUACUGAAAAUGGAGAAGAGGUUCUAGUCUGUUGAAAGUUAAAUUGCUUCUUUCAAGUGGUUUUUCAUCAUUUCUUUGGAGAGUGUUGGUUUUAUAUAUGGGGAGCAAGUGUGAAGUGACUAGCACAUUUAAACAACAAAUGUUCGGAGGGUUUGAAAUUAAAUAUUAGUAAGCUUACAAAUUGAAAAUUGAAGUCUUGACUAGUGUACUAAAAGAUUCACAGGGUUUACAAGCAUAUUCAUUAACUAAGAGUGCUUUACCAGAGCACUGUCUGCUGUUCAGAAGCUUUUGUAGCUCUCACAUUUUAAAUGUAAUUGUGUGCUUUGUGUCCUGCUUCUGUUGCAGCUAUGAGAAAGGGAGAUAACUGGUGGCAAGGGAAAGGGCUUGAAUAAAUGCAAGAGAGAAAAGACAGAUUUUGUAAAGGCCAGGAGUAAGCACAAAAAAAAUCAACUCUGCUACAAAGUAUAACAUGCCAAAGUAAAUAUUUUCAAAGCGCACAAUACUGGGAAUUACACAACUGAUGGGAACUCUGCAUCCUGAGGUUAGUGUCCUGAUAGUAUUACUAACAAGGUUUAACUUACCAAAACGGCACAGAAGGAGGUUUGGGCUAGUACCACUCCUGCUGAGAGAGUGUCUUUUGGGACAAAUGCUACUCCUGGUUCUGAGAGUGUCUUUUGGGACAAGCAGUGAAAGCCUGGUUUCUGGCAAGAAUAAGGAACCACACUUUACUCUGUAACUGAAGUUGUGUUGCCAAAUAUGAAAGUCCAGUAAGCAUUAUUUAAGAAAUUUCUCAGGUUAGCAUAACAAAAAAAAAAAAAAAGGAAAAAUGAUCUCAGUGGUCUAUUUCUGCCAGUUAUCAGACAUAGGGAGCUUGUCUGGGAAGGGGGGAAUCUUGCUGUGUACAUGUUUUUAAUCCUUGGAAAAUCGACUUUUUAAAUAAUAUUUUAAGGUUAAAUCCUAAGAAAGUAUAAAUAAUCCAUUUUGAUGUUAAAUGAGAAUGUGGUUUUAAUCCAGGAGUUGCAUGAAAGAAAUACUGUAAUAAGGUUUCUUCUGUGUAGCAGGUAAGCCUUUCUGUAUGUCUUAAAUUUAUUGUAAAACUGGCCUUGGUAAUUUUUUGGUUUUAAAUUUUUUCAAUAAAAGUCCUAAAAACA